AUGAAUGAAAAUGCUAAGCAGCAGUGUAAGUCAACAAAAGUAGUUCCUUGUGAAAAUCAGAAUGAGAGUUCAGACAUACCUCCAUUUAGGAGUAGCCGUGUAUUCACAGAGAGGUCAAGAAGCAGUCAUCUAGUGAAAAUUGCAAUAAAACUUGACGACUCAGAUGAGGAAAGUAAUCUUGUCAUUGAUGUGCCACCACAACCCGUUAGUAAAAGGUCAAGAAUAAGGAGGAGCUGUACAAGUGGGAACACGGGCAAAGAACUGCCUGCUGUAAUAUAUGCAGAAAAACAAUGUGAAAAUGCUAGAGCAGACGUUCUUCAGUGUACGGAAGGAAAGUCAGACGAUACCACUUUUCAGAAGAACACCAAAAGUUUGAAGUAUAAAAAACUAGCCCAUGUUUCUUCAAAAGCAAAUAAUAUUUGUUUGCCUGAUGUAAACACUGAUAUACCAAAUGUUUUGGAGGAAAGAGAUACCCUUGCUUAUAGUGAGGAGAAACAUGUAUCCUCAGCUGCUUCUGUUGAGGCAGUUGUGAAGAAGCAAAUUCUGAAGCAAGGGAAUGCAGAAACCAAUACAUUAGUUAAAGCAUUUGUUCAGAAGCAUGCUACUAAUGAAGACUGUGUGGGCAGCAGAAGAGUAUCACAGUCUGUCUGGUGUACUGGUCACUUGUCAAAAAAUGAAACUACAACUGAAAGUCCUUAUAAGGAAACUAUAACAAAUACAAAUGAAAGCCAGAGCAUAGAAGGAAAUAGAGGUAAUGAUAACCCAGAAAAUAGAUACUCACAUCCAACUUAUUACUUAAACAAGAAAGUAGGUGAAAUAACUCUGCUGAGUUCAUCUGCUGAGAAAAUAGAACCCAGUGGGGAGGACACAGAGCUCUCUGAUUCAGGUGAUCCUUUAGAGGAGUGUCGGAGAAUUUUUGAUGAGUUUGAAAGAGAAGCACAAAAGGGCCCUCAUAAGCAGGUACGUAACAAAAAAGAAAUGGUGCCUUUCAAAGAAUCUUGGAAGCAGGGCCAUGAUGUGGGAACUCAGCAGACACUCUGGAAGGCAGUGGAGUCUGCAGUUGCAGUUGGAAGGGGACAAGCUUGUAUUUAUACAACUUCUGGACAGAAUAAAACUGCGUCUGGAUUGUCAACUACUCUAUUUCAAGGCACUGGACCAAGGGCCUCUUUAAAUUUGCAUGAAUCUCAGCCCAUUGCAGACAGAAGUGAUCAACAUCAUGAAAGAAAUGUUGGAAGAGGAAUGAUCUGUAGAGUUCCUUCUAGUUCUUCAGUAAACAGUCGUCUUAUGCCAUACAAGGUUUCUACUGGGAAAAGGCCUUCCAUUCCAGAAUCAGGAUCCAAAGUACCAUUUGAGACAAGACAGCGAUAUAUUGGGUUGUUUUUUACAGAAUGCGUCAAAGCUGCUAGCACGGUGAAUGAGGCCGUUGCCAGGGCUAUGAAAGAAGAACAAUCUGUUUACAGUCGUUGUGGCAGUAAAAAUAUGUACCUGAGUAUUGGUGUGAAUACUCUCAAAAAGCUGAGAGAUAGUGAGGGACUUAGUAACAGCCAGUCUUUCCAUGGUGCUGUAUCCAUAAAGAAACAGGAAGAGAAAGUUUUUACAGGUGGUGAUUUAUAUGGACUUUUAAAAAGUUAUCUUCUGAGUGAGGAACAAUUGAAAGAAAAUAAUUUCCCUCGACCAAAUCCUGGAAUAAAUGGUAGUGCUAUAUUUAAGGGGAUUGUAAAACGUUUUGGAAAUGAUGCUUUCAAAAGAAUGUGCUGUAGGUGUGGUGAAGUAUAUGCUGUCACUUCUUCAGGAGAAUAUAUGCGUAAAGAAGAAUGCAACUAUCAUUCUGGUAGAAUAUUGGAAGAAAAAGUUCCUGGUGGUGUGGAAAAAAGCUAUAGCUGUUGUGAGAGAAUAGUUGGGUCUGCUGGAUGUCAGAUUGCAAAGCUUCAUGUUCAUGAUGGGAGAAGAGAGAAAUUGGAAGGCUUCAUGAAGACAUUGAUUAAAUCACCGCGUCAUGAUGGAAACUAUGGUGUAUAUGCUCUGAACUGUGAGACGUGUUACACAACCUAUGGCAUGGAACUAACUAGAGUGACAGUGGUUGAUGCUAAGCGACAGGUUGUGUAUGAUUCAUUUGUUAAACCAGAUGGUAAAGUUGUAGACUGCGACAAAAGACUCUCUGGAGUAACAAAGGACGUUCUGCGGGAAACCACAACAUCUCUUCAGAGUGUACAGGCAAAACUGCUAAACUUGUUCAAUGCAGAUACAAUUUUAAUUGGACACAGAUUAGAAAAUGACUUAUUUUUUCUCAAGCUAAUUCAUGAUAAAGUAGUGGACACAUCAGUAGUGUUUCCUCAUCGGCUAGGUUUUCCGCACAAAAUAGAACUUAGAAGUCUAAUGGCUGACUACCUCAGGAGAAUUCAUCAAGAUGAUGUUAGUGGUCAUAAUUCCAGGGAAGAUGCACUUGCUUGUAUGGAUCUAAUCCUUUGGAAGGUCAAGGAAGACAAUAAAAGGAGAAAACACUGAUUAUUAUGGCUUUGGAGGAACAAGAUGGGGGGAAAAAUCAACCUCAGUUUGGCUGACUGUUCUGUAAUGCUUCAGUACCAAUUGUUUUUCUGAUGUAAAAAAAAAAAAGAUAAUGGGAAAAUCUAAUGGGAAAACAAGACUGGUUUCCAGUAGUAGUACCUUCUACUUCUGAAGCUUAAGAGGUACAAGAAGGAGAAAAAGCAAAUGCAUAAAAUGCAAGUAAAAUGUUCAGAGUAAAUGCUUGCAUUUUUUUUCUGUUCUGCUAAGUAUUAUUUCUGUAAUUAUCCUUACUACUCUGUGUAGCUGAAAACUAUCAUUCACAGUAAGUGAAAGUAAUUUUGGUUUAAA